GUUUCUUUAUGAGUAUUAAAAUAUGUAAAGGAUAGGAGUCGUGUAUAUAAAUGAUUUAUAAACAGAAAAUACAGUCGAAGAUAUCAGAUAUUUUCUCUGAGUAACUCAAGGACACUAGUCUUCUUGGGUGGUCUGCUAGAGGAAACUAAAUUGGCUGUUUCAUCAAAGCAGUUUACUCCUCUACAAGUUAUACUUUUUAUUUGAAUACAACGAAAUAUUUCUUCAAUCAUACUUAGAUGUGUCAAAAGCUUCAACAUAAAUUUACGUCUAUUCCUCUGAAUUUAUAAUGUGAAAAGAUUUAUCACAUGAUAUCAUUGGAUUCAAAGUAUUUAUUUCAUGAAAGGGAGUAAUUUUGAUAAAUUAACCAUCCUAAACUACAGCUGCCAAGAAACUUUGAAAGAUGGAUGAUAGAGAUUCUUAUUUGGCUCAACAUUUUCCACAAGCUACCAUUCCCACGACUCCACCGGGACUGGAAGCUAUAUAUGCGGCAUGCAGAAAGCUCUACACUAACCAGCCAAAUCCGUUACAAGUGACUGCAUUGGUGAAGUACUGGCUAGGUGGACCCGACCCCCUGGACUACAUCAGUAUGUAUGCAAACCCUGGAGACCCGGAGCAGAAUAUACCCCCUCAUUGGCACUACAUCAGCUUUGGCCUCUCAGAUCUUCAUGGGGAUGGAAGGGUUCAUGACUGUCAGAAUAUAGGACCUGAUACACCAAGUGGAUGGGGAUUUGAGUUGACCAUGCGUUUAAAGCGAGAUAAUGACGAGACAGCACCCCCUACCUGGCCUGCUGCACUUAUGCAGUGUCUUGCCAGAUAUGUAUUCAAAUCAGAAAACACAUUGUGUCCCGGUGACCACAUACCAUGGCACAGUCCUUUGGAUGGCAGUGAGUCCAGAGUACAACACAUGUUAAUGACUGAAGACCCACAACUUCUAGGCUUUACUACACCAUUUGGAAAAGUUAACUUUGUACAAAUCGUUGGUGUAUGUGCAGAAGAACUGAAGGCUGCACAGCACUGGAAUGGCACUGGAGUCCUGGAGUUGUUAAAAACAGUACCAAUGGCUGGAGGUAGCUGGCUUAUCUCAGACAUGCGUAGAGGUGAAUCUAUAUUUGAACUUGACCCUCAGAUCCAAGAGAAGGUGGACCAAGGUAUAGAAAUGGAGGGCUCGAAUCUCAGUGGCAUAAGCAGUAAGGUUAAUUGGGAGGAACCGAAUGAUUCAAUUAGACGUCCAAGCAGUGAUGAUGACAAAGCGAGCUCUCUAGUGGAUGGGGAUAGGAGGUUUAGUAAUGAGUUAGACCAGAGGCCACAUCUGUCACAACUUGAGUCUCAACAAAUCAAGGAGGCACUAACAAUGGGUCUAUCACACAGUAGAGAGAGUGAACAAAAGCUUGGGACCAACCCUGACUGUGAACACAACCCUAAUGGUUCUCGGAAAGAAUCAUUUGACAGUUGUGUGAGCAGUGAGGCACCCACAGAAUUGAUGCGGACCAGGACUUUAGAUAGUGUACAUUUAACAUUCAACAUGGAGGCUGGAUCUCUCUUACCCCUUGCCCUCAGGGGUCGAUUAAAACAUGGGCGGCAUUUUACAAUAAAAAGUGUACUAAAUGAUGUAGCAGUGACAUUUGUGUCAACAUGUGUCAUAGGAGCUAUUGUAGAGGAGCAGCAUCCAUUUGGGGCACAUGGGCCUUGGCUACAGGUUUUGUUCACAGAUGACUUUAUUGAGCUAUUAUCCAGGGACCUUGCAGAAUUAAGCUACCCAGACGAGAUACAGCUGCCCAAAACUUACAAAUGGCCACACAAACACUUUGCAAUAACAAUAGUUCCAGAUGAAGUGUGACAUGCAGACAGAUACAUAUAUGACUCCACAGUUAGGAAGUUCCUAUCAUAACACCACAGUUUGGGAUUUACAGCUGCCCAUGUAUGUCCCCUAAAGGGCCUUUAAUGGUGCUUGAAUAGAUGGCAGUACAGUAGAAUGAGUUAAAUCCACAAAACACUGAAGGGAUCACAAAUUUUCCAAGGCCAAGUGGGCCUCACAAUUUCGAAUGACCUCAAAUGUUUUUCACAGAUUUCACAGAGGCUCACUGCUAAGUAGUGAAUUCUCAACAUGUAGAAAUGUUUUAAGACAUCAUGAGAAGUCAAAGAGAGGACUGAUAUUGAUCACUGUGUAAACAAUAGACAUAGUACACAAGCAAUUUAACCAAUGGUGCCACAAUACACAAAAAAUGCAACACAUGACAUGUUCAUAUUUGUUGAUUCACAAAUUGAUUCAGUCAGGAAGUAAUACUCAAUAUGUCAAUAUACAUAUCAGUUCAAGUGCAUACAUAGGAACAUUGAAACAUAGAUCAGAUUAGGCAGGCCUGUUUUUUAGUUGUAAAAUUGGUAGAGUGAAUGCUUUUCCUUAUACAGUCAAAAUAUUAGUCACAAUGCUUUUAUGCUGUGCAUCCUGGUACUUUCAGUUUGAAGAGCUCUGUAGCAGAUGAGAAGUAUAAGUGGGUGAAAGUAGAAUCUAGAAUCUAUAUUCAUAAAAUAUUUUGUGCAAUUUAAUAGGAAGCAUUUGAAAAACCAAUCAGAUUACAAGAUAACUGAGAUCAGUUUACAUAAUAGCGAAAAUAUUCUGUUUAUAUUUGCGUAUUUGUCGGGCCAUGUUCUAGCCAAGGAAGAUUGGCUCCCAAAUGUCAUUAUUUUCUGAUAUUA